AUAACUGUUUGAUAAAGACAUUCAUCCUGUCCUGGUAACGUGACUAUACCUCAAAGGAUUAACAUCCAGAGAAUCACUUACAAUGGAUUUCUACAAUGCACACGUGUCCACAAUCUCGACAGUUUUCAUCCUUCUCUUCUCAAUGCUGAAUCGGCAGACAGGAGUCGAAGGCUGGUCGUACCAUCCCUCAAACACUACCAUGGACUGGACGACAGCCCGUGAUUGGUGCAUGAAACACUACACAAACAUGGUGGCCAUUCAAAACCAUGGUGAGAUUGAAUACCUCAACGACCAGUUCCCCAAGGUGGCAGGACACUACUGGAUCGGCAUUCGCAAAAUCAACAGUACCUGGACCUGGGUGGGAACCGGGAAGCAUCUGACAGCAGAGGCUGAGAACUGGGCCAAAGGAGAGCCUAAUAACGGACGCAACAAUGAGGACUGUGUGGAAAUCUACAUCAAGAGACCCGAGGACGAAGGCAAGUGGAACGAUGAGUCCUGCCAAAAGAAGAAGACUGCACUCUGUUACACUGCAUCCUGUAAGAAAGACUCCUGUAGUUAUAAUGGGGAGUGUGUUGAGACCAUCAACAGCCACAGGUGUGACUGUUUUGAGGGCUUUUAUGGAGUCAAGUGUGAACAUGUUGUUAAAUGUGAAGCAAAGGAAAUCUCUGCUCCUGAACAUGGCGGUGUCCAGUGCCGCCACCCUAAUGGAGAUUUCUCAUACAAAUCCGAAUGCGAGUAUUCCUGUGAGGAGGGCUACCAGUUAGUCGGUGCAAAAACGGCACAGUGUGGUGGUACGCAAGCAUGGUCCAACAAACCCCCAACCUGUGAACUAAUCCAGUGCUUCAAGCUGAAUAUGAUACUUCAUGGAAACAUACAGUGCAAUCAUCCGCUACAAGACUUCAGCUAUCAGUCCUCCUGUGUGUUUAGCUGCGAUGAAGGGUAUACUCUAACAGGCUCCAGCUCCAGCUGGCUGACGUGUAAUCCUUCUGGGCACUGGAAUGACUCACAGCCUUCCUGUGAAGCGGUCCGCUGUCCGACGCUCGAGGAGCCAGUAGAUGGGAAAAUGAGCUGCAUUGGUGAUAGUUAUGGGAGCAGGUGCAUGUUCAGCUGUAAUGUUGGGUUCCAACUUUUGGGCAUGUCGGAGCUCACAUGCACCAAAACUGCUCAGUGGAGCCAGGAGACACCAUCCUGUAAAGCUGUUCAGUGCCCCGCUCUCCAGACUCCACAGGAUGGCAGCGUGUCCUGUACGGACCAGACUCUCAGUCUAGGGUCUAUAUGCAGCUUCACGUGUGGUGAGGGAUUCAUCUUGGAGGGAGCAUCAAGCACAAAGUGUACAGAGAUAGGAGAAUGGAGCACAUCUGUCCCCAGCUGCACAGCUGUUCAGUGCCCCGCUCUCCAGACUCCACAGGAUGGCAGCGUAUCCUGUACGGACCAGACUCUCAGUCUAGGGUCUAUAUGCAGCUUCACGUGUGGUGAGGGAUUCAUCUUGGAGGGAGCAUCAAGCACAAAGUGUACAGAGACAGGAGAAUGGAGCACAUCUGUCCCCAGUUGCACAGCUGUUCAGUGCCCUGCUCUCCAGACUCCACAGAAUGGCAGCGUAUCCUGUACGGACCAGACUCUCAGUCUAGGGUCUAUAUGCAGCUUCACGUGUGGUGAGGGAUUCAUCUUGGAGGGAGCAUCAAGCACAAAGUGUACAGAGACAGGAGAAUGGAGCACAUCUGUCCCCAGCUGCACAGCAGUGGGAUGCCCAUACCUCCAGGAGCCAAUCAAUGGCCUCAUCAACUGUUCUUCAGAGGAGGCUGUCUUCAGUACUUCCUGUUCCUUCAGCUGUCUCAGUGGCUAUCAGCUUCAUGGUCACAACAUAGUGAUGUGCAACCUUAAUGGCAACUGGACUGGAGAGGUGCCCGAGUGCCAAGCUCAUCCUGUGUCAUUAAGCCCAACUUUGGUGUCUGGCCUGACAGUGGGUGUAGGAUGCACUACUGCGUUUUCCAGCAUCGCUUUCGCUUUCUGGAUACUGAAGAGACUCCGAAAGUUAAAAGCUAAUAAGUUUGACCUCAGUAACUCAGACAUUGAUGUGCCUCAUCAGGUAUACAAAAGUAGUGCUGACAGUCUCAUCUAGACAUAAAUACCUACAAGCUAUAUCUAUCUAGGUCUCUAUCGACACUGCAUCGUGGACAGAAAUUUCCACUGGAGAGGGAAUGAAUGCACUCGUCGUUCAAUUUGAUUUUAUUUAUAUUGCGCUUUUAACAAUGGACGUUGUCACAGAGCAGCUGUAUGUAAAUCUGAUCAUGGAUUUAGAUUUAGAUCCCUAACGAGCAAGCCUGAGGAAGGAACCUUGAGAGGAACGAGUCUCAAGAGGGAACCGGUCCUCAUCUGGGUGACACCGGAUAGUAUGAUUAUAAAUCUUCACACUUCCAACUGUGUACUAUAGAGACAAAACACUGUGAAGUGUACUGGGUCUUCAGUACGAUCAUCAGAGGUUUUUUUUUAAUUAGUUUAUUUUAUUUCAGUAUUGUUAAGUCUGUAGAACCCAACUGAGGUUAUCCACUGAAUAAUGACUUGAACACAGAAUGUUUUUUGUAAACCCAUCCACAGCCAUCUUUAGAGUACCUCUGUGGUACCAUCCACACCAACCUCACGGCAGUCUUUAGGCCGUCUUCACCCUCAGCAAGCAAAGACUGAUUCUCAUAUAAAGGAGCUUCACUCAGAAGUAGUGAGAGUGAGAGAGAACAUUCUUGUCCUAUAAAGAGGAUGUGCAUUGUGCACCAGGUGCAAGCAGGGACUAGCUAAAUGACCUGAGGUUGAUCCUCAGUCCUCUGUAGAACUGCUAAACGAGUGGUCAUUACUGGACAUUAAUAGUUAUUUAAUUUAUUAUAGUCAGAUUUCCAAUAGAGGUAUUGAUUAUGUGAUUUAUUGAGCAUAUUGUUCUAUGCUGUUUUUGCUAUUUAUGAAUUUUAACAAGAACUAUGUGUUAUUAUGUACUGUAUACACCUUUUAUUAUUAUUAUUAUCAUUAUUAUUAUUAUUAUUAUUAUUUGAUAUUUGUGAACAUAUUCAAAGUGGUUGUUUUGGUUAUUGUAGCCCAUUUCUUUAUUAAGCCACGCAAAUGUGGUUCAUCCUAUUAAAAUGUGAAUUGUCAAUAAACAUUAAUGAGCUUAAUGAAUAUAA